UCCACUUUAUUUUAUACAAUCUGCAAUUAUUGUGACCCACCCUCCCUUCCAAAGUUCAAAUCAUGACUGAAUCCUGGAGAAAUUUAUCACGCACUCCCUCCCGUUUCAGCCUACUGGUCUCCCUAUUCAAACCUGCUUUAUAUAAUCUGUUUUGAGGUAAUUUUCUUAUUACAAUCAGCAAUUUCUUCUCAUCAAACCCAACCUUCCUUCCAAGUUCCAAUCAUGGCUAGUUACAGAUACAAAAUCAAACAUUUCCCAUUUCCAAAGCCCCUAAUCCUCUUUUUUCUCUUAUUAAGGGUCACCGAUUUCUUCUCACCACUGCGCCCAUUUACGAGUGCUUUAUCCUUCAACUUUACCAGUUUCGAUUCUUGUGACUCCCCUCUAAGAUGUGAGGGAGCUUUCGCUCAAUACCAAGUCAUCCAACUCACCGGCAACCACGUCCGAAGGGUUGAUGUUGGUCGAGCCACAUAUGUCAAGCCCAUGCACCUAUGGGACAAGGCAUCUGGAAACCUCACAGAUUUUACUACCCAUUUUUCCUUUGUCAUUGACUCACGAAAUAAUACUAAUUAUGGAGAUGGGCUUACGUUCUUCCUAGCACCUAAUGGUUCAACGAUUCCUGAAGACAGUGCAGGUGGCGCUCUGGUUCUUGCUAGCCGUGGCCAGGAACUAAACUCGACAGACAAUCCAUUUGUCGCUGUGGAGUUUGACAUCUUUUUUAACCAAGAUUUGGAUCCACCCGGUGUACAUGUAGCCGCAACAGGAGGUUCUUUUGCAAUGCAUACCAUCCGCACAUGGAAUUUUACUUCAACUUUGGAAGAUAGUGUACCCAAACCAAGGAAAAACAACAGGUUGGGAUUAGCCAUAGGGUUGGGUGUUGGGGGGCCUUUUUUGGUUGGUGGAUUUGCUUUAAUUCUGUUUUGCUUGUGGAAGAGGAAUAAGAGUUAUACAGAAGAAGAUCUUGCCUUUGAUAGGUGCAUGGAUGACGAAUUUCAAAGAGAAACAGGACCAAAGAGGUUCUCAUUUAAAGAAUUGGCUCAUGCCACCAAUAAUUUCAAUGAUGAAGAGAAGCUAGGCCAGGGAGGAUUUGGUGGGGUUUAUAGAGGAUUUUUACAGGACUUAAACUCCUUCGUUGCCGUUAAGAGAGUGUCAAAAGGGUCUAAACAGGGGAUAAAAGAGUAUGCAUCAGAAGUUAAAAUUAUAAGUCGAUUAGGACAUAGGAAUUUGGUGCAACUCAUUGGCUGGUGUCACGAGAGAGGAGAGCUCUUACUCGUCUAUGAGUUCAUGCCCAAUAGAAGCUUAGACACACAUCUUUUUACAGAAGAAAGCUUACUGAUAUGGGCAAUGAGGUACAAGGUUGCUCAAGGAUUGGCGUCGGCCUUGCUUUACUUGCAUGAAGAAUGGGAGCAAUGCGUUGUGCAUAGGGAUAUAAAAUCAAGCAAUAUUAUGCUUGAUUCAAACUUUAAUGCUAAACUUGGAGAUUUUGGGCUAGCUAGGCUUGUGGACCACCUAAAAGGAUCACAAACCACUGUUUUGGCAGGCACUAUGGGCUAUAUGGCUCCUGAAUGUGUCACAACUGGGAAGGCUAGUAAGGAGUCAGAUGUCUAUAGUUUCGGAAUUGUCGCUCUGGAAAUUGCUUGCAGAAGAAAACCAAUCAAGCACAACGCCCCUGAAGAUCAAGUAGUCGUGGUGGAGUGGGUUUGGGAGCUCUAUGGAGUAGGAAAGGUACUUGAAGCAGCUGACCCACGGCUUGGCGGAGAUCUUGAUAAGCAGCAAAUGGAGCGCUUGAUGAUUGUUGGGCUUUGGUGUGCUCACCCCGAUCGCGACCUUAGGCCUUCAAUAAGACAAACAAUUCAUGUUCUCAAUUUUGAGACUCCGUUGCCUGUUCUCCCAUCAAAUAUGCCGAGGCUAAAAUAUCUUGCUCCAGCAGUGAAUAGACAUGCAAUGUCACUUUCCGUAUCCAGUGCUACUACUAAUUAUGAGGGAGGACAAAAUCAAUAUUCAGGCAAUAGUUACACCAAUUCCACUGUGUUCACUUCAUCCUCUACAACUUCUCAAUCUACAUCGCUUCUGCAUAUACGUUAAACUGGUGAGAGGUACACUUAAUUUGAGAUUCUUAUAAUUGA